CAGGCAGGAUUCGGCCGAGUCAGACACGGGUCCUAAAGCUGACUGUUGCUAAGCUACUAGUUUCAGAUUGCAAGACUAGCCUGUUUGACCUCAUUAAGUACUAAUUGUAUCAUUUCUGACGAUUGUUUUAUUUAUACCCAAGUGUCGUUUUUUUGUUGUUGCUCCAAGUAACCGAACAUGGGUUUCGUGGCCAAGCGUUGCGGAGUGUGCUUUAACCCGCCGUCUAUAGUGGUGAUUUAUGUAGACAAGGACGACAACAACGUGCGAAAACGAGUCAUACCGGUGAGAAACUUCUGUAUAACUUCUGACUGCUGCCUGGUUGCUGAGGGCCUGAAGAACCACCCCCGGCAUGAGGACUACUUGGAAAGAGUGCCCCAGAUUCAGCUGGAGAGGCUCUUGGUCAUUCUGCGGGAUCACCUGCACGGCUUCACGCUGACGCACAGCUUGGCUUCGCUUCAAGUGGACCCCAACGAAGACCUGAACAAGCUGGACGACGAGGCGCUGGCUCUUAAGAAAAAACGAAUGGAUGAAGUGUUCGAAAAGAACCGGACUCGCAACGGGGACCCGGAUUUUGUUUAUGACCUGGAGGUGGACUUUGGCAAGGUGGCGAAGGAGAAGUGCAGCUGGGAUGAGGAAUCUGAUGACGGGUUUUGACGUUUUCCAUCCUUUUUCUGUACCGCACGUCCUCAUCAGGGCCCCGAGCCUAUGGCCGUGCAAUCGUUCGUGGUGAACCUUAAAACUUUACCUGCUCAGUGGCCUUGUGGUUAGAGUGUCCGCCUUGAAACUGGAAGGUCGUGAGUUCAAACCCUGGCUGAGUCAUACCAAAGACUAUAAAAAUGGGAGCCAUUGCCUCCCACGCAGCAUCAAGAGUUGGAAUCGGGGGGUUAAAUCACCAAAAUGAUUCCCGAGCGUGACCACCGCUCACGCUCACUGCUCCCCUCAACUCCCAGGGGGUGAACAUGGGGAUGGGUCAAAUGCAGAGGAUCUAUAGUUGGGACAGUGGGUUGACAACCAGGGGGGAUUUGGGCUCUGCCGAGAGGAUGUGCAGACGCCGGAUCGAGCCAAAGUAGUUGCACAUGACCAUCUGACCUUAAAGUGAAAUUUGUAUUGUGGGGGUAAGUCAAAGUACCAGGACAAAACCCUCUCAAGCACGAGGAAAACAUGCCAACUCCACAGCGUUGAUUCCAACCUGGAACAAAGAUGUUAUUUUUUCAAACAGGUUGUGGAAUGUCAACACAUUCAGAACACAAGCAUAACUUAUUUUCCACAGCACAAAGACGACAGCCGAGUGAAUAAUAGAGGAUAUUUAUUUGAUAUAAAAUAUUGAAUAUACAAAAUACAUUACCUUUGGCUCUUUGUUUGUGGCUUACAUGACUUGCGUUCACAGUCGACCAUGAGAUAAGACGCUUAAAGUCAAUUCCAUGUUAUUGUGUGCGAGAGGAAAAAGUCGGUCCAUACGAAAUAUGGCAUGGUUUGAAAUGAGAUUAAUAAAGUGAGACUAACUUUGCAGUGUCAGACCUCAGAAAAGGGGAACGUUUGUUAUUAAAAGUGCUUUUAGUUGACCACAAGUACCACAAUACAUUCAAAAAGGUCAGGUUUUUUCUGGGCGGGGGGGUUUGUCCAACCUUGUGUGCUGGAGGUAGGUAACAUACAAAUCUUUUUAAAGACGUACAAAAUGCUUCAUUUCUCAGCAGGCUUUUAUAUCUUAAAAAUUAAAAAAAAAAACAAUUUCAAGUAUCCUUUAGCCAAAAUGCAGGAUUCUGAGUCGUACGCAAGUGAAUUUGUACGCCGCUUGAUUAAACGUGAUGGUGCUCAACAAUCCACAUGAGGCCUUUUAAACAAAGCUUAAUAAAGCAAUAAUUUCUAUAGUGUGCAACUAAAAUAUAUAUUUAUAUAUGUAUAUAAUUAAACUAUUUCACUCCAAUAUUACACAAUGAAUGCUGCUUAUUUUUUCUUCUUGUCUUGAGUGCAUCUUGGACAAAACCUGAGAAACAACAGAGAAAAAAAAUAAUUUCAAUGUAAACAAAAAAUGAAGUACGGGUCGGACGAUUGUGGCAAAAGUAUGAAUCACAAUUAUUUGGAUUGAUAUUGAAAUUACAAUUAAUAACACAAUUAUUCAUUUUUGAAAAGGUGUACUUGAUGUACCACAAAAAUGCAAUAUCAUUUAAAAGAACAACUGGUUAUGAAUUAGUAAUGAUUUAAUAAAUAAAAAAAUAAUAGUAACAAAACAUAAAAAAAUAACAUUCAGUUUUUCCAUUUUAAUCUUUAAUUCCAUUUUUUUUACCUUCUACACUUUUUUGCUUUUUGUGUCUUAAAUAAAAUGUAAUAAAAAUAUUUGUUAAUCAAAUACAAAUAUCCUCCUAUUUAUAGGUGUAAUACAUUUUUGGACAAUUUUGACCCAUACUGUUAUUGUGAAAGGGUUGGGGGGAAGUGUGCUGCUUGAAGCGGUUUAAAAAAAAUAAAUGAGAGAAAGUCUUUUAAGUUGCGACUGCUGUCCUGUUUGUACCGUACGUUGAUCUUACAUGGAUGAUGUCGUUCACAACAACACAAGCUGAUGUGUUGUAUGGAUUGUUCUUGCUAGCUUUAGCUUUGUAGUUUAGUCGCUGUUUCAAGUGGCCAUGUCCGUAUUGUUUGGUUGAAGACGGGGCGUUGAGGAGUUUUUGGGGAUAAAGCACAUUAUUUUCCCAAACAAAUAUUCCUUGUUCUUAUAUUGAACGCAUUGCGUGCCGGUACUAGACUGGCCUGCCUUUAUUAAUUAUAAAUUGGAGAAAUUUACUUCAUACUGGGAAAACUGGGUCAAUUAUGUCCCGCCCAAUAAGCCUGACUUUAAUUUCUCGAA